UGACGUUGACGUGUUCAUUGUAAUACAUCACAAUUUUUUGACAGCUAGUCCAUAUACUACUUUAGCUAAAUAAUUAAUUAAAUCCAUUAUCGCACUGAUGUUGUGAAAAUUUACGAUAUUUUUGUGCAAAUACAGUUUAGUACAUGGUAAAUACGGAGAAAAAAGUCUAAAAAAGUUCUUCUUUUGGAAAUUCUCAUACUCAUUUGACCAAAGGCUAAAAAACAAAAGAUUGGAAAACUAAUAAACAAAAUGGAAAGCAAUCGUGACGAAGCCGAAAGAUGUAUACAAAUUGCUGCACAAGCAUUACGCGAGUGCAAAAUGGAGAAAGCAGAGAAAUUUCUGAAGAAAGCAGAAAAACUUUAUCCUUCGCAGAAAGCCAAAGAAUUGUUGGAAAGAGUGCUGCAAUCAGCUAAAAAUAAUACAAAUGAAACCGAUUCAAUACUAACCGAUCGGGAGAAUACAAAACGGACACGAAAAUCUGUCGCCUCACCAAACAAGUCUCCUUCUUCGGAGCCUGACUAUACGGCUGAGCAAAUGCAACAUGUCAAACGGAUUCAAAGUUGCAAAGAUUACUACGAGGUUCUGAAAGUUACAAAGGAAGCGACCGAUACAGAAAUUAAAAAAUCUUACAAAAAACUGGCUUUGGUUUUACAUCCAGACAAAAAUCGUGCACCGGGAGCUGCUGAAGCGUUUAAAGCUGUUGGAAAUGCGGUAGCAAUUUUAACGGACGGGGAGAAACGAAAAUCCUACGAUUUGUAUGGCUCUGACGAACAACACAAUAUCAAUAGAGGUGGAUACCAUAGGACGACAUACCAAUAUGGUUACACUCGAGGAUUUGAGGCUGAUGUCACAGCGGAGGAAUUAUUCAAUAUGUUCUUUGGGGGUGCUGCAUUCCCCACACAGAACGUUUAUUCAAGUCGCCAUCGCCGUUUCCAUCGUCAGAAUAACGAGGAGCGUGAGGUACAAAAAAAUUUGUAUAUCACCAUAUUACUUUUCCGCUUUGUUUGUAAGAAAAGUAUUGGUUUUACUACCCAUAAUUUCAUGACUCCUCCUCAUUCGAACCACAAAAACUCCACAAAAAACUUCUUAUCUGCGCAUAUCUGUACACUAGUCAAUGUAAAUGGGUAGAAAUCCCAUCGAUCCGACACUGCGCCUUCUUGACAGUUCUCAUAUAAAUGAGCCCAGAAGCGCCAACUGGUGCAAGAACAUGUAAUAGAACCGUUGUAUACCAAUAGUAUU